UACCCCUUGGGAUUUGGCCCAGUGUGGAAAACUCUCACAUUACGACUCCAGAGGAGGCACCAUUUGGAAUGAAAUUCAGUAAGGAAAUUGAAGUCUUUAACCCACCCCUGUCUUCUGCAGCCUCUAGUGGACCACGGAUUCAUUCCGUCUUUGCUUUUACACACUUGUGGCCUAGGAAGACCUUGUUUAAAAGAGACUCUGCUGUAACACACCGCCUGUAUGGAGACGUUUCAAGAGACGUUCAAGGGACUUCUGAGAAUGGAGUCAUUUUUCAGAAAUGUGCAGUGGUGUCUGUGCAGGGUGAGUGGCCAUCAGCCCACGUGCUACUGUUUGUGAACAAUACCAGGACACCCACGGCUGCCAACCUCUCCGACCUGCUCUUACUGGACAACAUUACUGGCCUCACUGUUAGGGAGUCGGCUGGAAACCAGACCUCAAGAGGCUUCCAGGCUUUCAGGAAGAAGUUUCUGCAAGUUGGAGACUCCUUCUCUGUCAGCUACACAGCUUCGCUCGAGGCCAGAGACGUCGGGAGUGGAGACAUCCUGCUUCUUCCUGCCCAGCUCUCCUUCCAGAGUUCGUCACAGAACAGAACCCAGCUAAAAGCCCACUUCUCCAUAACAGCAGAAGAAAAGAUCCUGGUUCUGCCGAACCACGGCCUCCACGCAGCAGGGUUCUGUGUGGCCUUCAUCCUCUCCCUGGUGCUGACCUGGGCUGCGCUCUUCUUCAUGGUUCGAUACCAGUGUGUGAAGGGAGGCAUGCUUACCAGACAUCAGGUUCAGCAUCACGAAAACAAGCUGGAGCACUCCCAGUUCACCUCAGCUGACGGUGUGAAUGAGGAUCUCGCUCUCAAUGACCAAAUGAUAGACAUUCUGUCCUCUGAGGACCCUGGGAGCAUGCUUCAAGCCUUAGAACAGUUGGAAAUUGCAACCCUAAAUCGGGCAGACUCAGAUCUGGAAGCUUGUCGAACUCAAAUCAGCAAAGAUAUCAUUGCCCUUCUGCUGAAAAAUCUGACCAGCAGUGGCCAGCUCUCCCCUCAGGUGGAGAGGAGGAUGGGUGCUGUGUUCAAAAAGCAGUUUCUGUUGCUGGAGAAAGAAACACAAGAGGAGUAUGAUCGUAAGAUGGUGGCCCUGACGGCUGAGUGUGACCUGGAAACCAGGAAGAAGACAGAAAGCCAGUACCAGAGGGAGCUGGCAGCUAUGGAGGAAGCAGAAGAGGUGCUGAAACGUGUCAGCGAGAGGUCCGCCCUUGAGUGCAGCAGCCUCCUGCGGACCCUCCAUGGCCUGGAGCAGGAACACCUGAGGAGGUCGCUGGCUCUGCAGCAGGAGGAGGACUUUGCCAAGGCCCACAGGCAGCUGGCCAUUUUCCAGAGGAAUGAACUGCACAGUAUCUUUUUUACCCAGAUAAAAAGUGCUAUUUUCAAAGGAGAGCUGAAGCCAGAGGCAGCAAAAAUGCUGCUGCAAGAUUACUCUAAAAUACAGGAGAGUGUCGAAGAGUUAAUGGACUUUUUCCAGGCUAGUAAGAGAUAUCAUCUCAGUAAAAGAUUUGGCCACAGAGAGUACCUGGUCCAGAACAUCCAGUCGUCAGAGACCCGUGUGCAAGGCCUGCUGAGCACUGCGUCUACUCAGCUGACCCUCCUCAUCCAGAAACACGAGAGAGCAGGCUACUUGGAUGAAGAUCAGAUGCAAGUACUCUUGGAGCGGGCUCAAACAGAAGUCUUUUCUAUAAAACAGAAGUUGGACAAUGACUUAAAGCAGGAGAAGAAAAAACUCCACCAAAAACUAAUAAUUAAGAGAAGACGAGAGAUGCUGCAAAAGCACAAGGAACAGCGGAGGGAGCAGCUGUCCAUCGCCGAAGCCUCCGGGGCCGCCGAGGAUGCCAGCCAGUACCUGGGCCAGUGGCGGGGCCUGAUGGCCGAGCACAGCGCCGCCCUGGAGGAGCUGCAGGAGCGCCUGGACCAGGCUGCCCUGGAUGAGCUCAGGGCGCUGACCCUCUCGCUAUCCGAGAAAGCCACAGAGGAGCUGCGGCGUCUGCAGAACUCAGGGAUGACCCAGGAGCUGCUCAAGCGUGGGGUGCCUUGGCUCUUCCUGCAGCAGAUCCUGGAGGAGCACGGCAGGGACCUGGCGGCCCGGGCCGAGUGGCUAGAGGGUGAGGAGAGGGACCGGGGCCAGGAGGGCGUCCAGAGCGUCAGGCAGAGACUGAAGGAUGAUGCGCUGGAGGCCUCCACGGAGGAGCAGGUGGAGCUGAGACACUGGGAGCACUUGAUCUUCACGAAGCUCUGCUCCUCUGCCUUCUCCCUGUCCGAAGAGGAGCUGCUUGGGAUGAGGCAGGAAGUUCACGGCUGCUUCGCGCAAAUGGACAGGAGCUUGGCCCUCCCCAGAAUCCGGGCCCGAGUCCUGCUGCAGCGAUUCCAGACGGCUUGGCGAGAAGCAGAGUUCCUGAAGCUGGACCAGGCCAUGGCCGCCUCUGAGCUGCAGGUAGGAUGGGCGUCUCGGGGCCUCGUCCUGGCAGAGGCAGGGCCUCCUCCAGCUGCUGAGGCUGUAGAAUCCAGCUCCACUGCUGCCUCAGCCCUUGGCCAUGUUAGCAUCGGACAUUCCUGGAACCGCCUGAAGCUCUGUAGCGGACACCCUGGUCCCUGGCUUCGCACUGUCCGAGGAGAGUUGCUUCGGGAGAGAGUGCAGCAGCUGGAGGCCCAAGAGGGACGCUUUGCCGAGUCCCUCGUCUCCCUGCAGUUUCAGAAGGCGGCCAGGAUGGCCAGGACCCUGUGGGCGUAUACCGCCCUUCUGAGCAUCCAGGACCUGCUUCUGGAAGAGCUGAGCGCAUCAGAGACCCUGACCAAGUCAGCCUGCAUGCAGAUCCUGGAGUCACACAGCCCGGAGCUCCAGGAGCUGGAGAGAAAGCUUGAGGACCGGCUGGCACACCAGGAGGCGGCCCAGCUGCAGCGGGCCCUGGACAGUCGGCAGCAGUGGGCAGGCGAAGGACCUGGGCUUCUGCAGGAGCCGGAGGAGACGGAUUCUGAAAGGCAGGUCUCUGCUGUCCUGCGGCGAGCCCUGAGCAAGGGUCAGAAGCUACUGGAGCAUCACCAACAGAGUUUGAGAGAGGAGCAAGAAGACAGUGUCGUGCUGGAAGAUUUGCUGGAGAAUAUGGAGACUGACACCUUUGUGACCCUGUACAGCCAGGAGCUGAGACUGGCGUCGUACCUGUCAAAGCUGACGAUGCUGCCAGGGGGCACGCUGCACCGGCUUCUGACCGUGGCUCUGCCCACAGCCUCGCAGGCCGAGCUGCUGGCCGUGCUGGACUCCGUGGGCCAGAAGCAUCAAGACCACGCGGUGGAGAAUGAUGGCGGUGGGGUGCAGGCUGAUCUGGGAAGGAGAGGGAAACACCAGGGCUGGUGGCAAGCCUUAGAGAGCAAACUUCGAGGAGAACUGAUAAACAGAGGAUUAGAGAAGAUGCUCUGGGCCCAGAAGAGGAAGGAGAGCAUAUUAAAGAAGACGUGUCCCCCUCUCAGAGAAAGAGUGAUAUUCUCUGGAAAAGGAAGUUGGCCACAUCUGUCCCUGGAGUCCAUUGACGAACUGACCCCAGUGUCCAUUGUAGGGGCAGAAGCCGUUGAUCUAUUAAACACGGGUGAAAAGCUCUUUAUCUUCAGAAAUCCAAAGGAGCCCGAAAUCUCACUGCACGGUCCUCCCAGGAAGAAGAAGAACUUUCUGAACGCCAAGAAGGCUGCAUGGGCCUUGGGCAUGAACUAGCUGAAAGGAAAGUUUCUAGAGUCUAAAGACACAAAGAGUUGUUUUCUCCUGCCCAUCUGCGUGUGUGUGUGUUUAUUAUGUACAACUCACAGGUAUCGAUUGUACAUGAAGAAGACUGACACAUCUCUAACCCUCCCCCUCUCCCACCAUGACUUUCGAGGACUCAAUUCAGUCUGGUCCUGUGAAUUCCCAGGUGACCCAUUCCCUUUAGCAUCACAGGGGACAUGAAGAGACAGGGGACCACCCCAUGAACCCUCACUGCUUUCAGUCCCAGACCACUGAGGAUCUGGGGGAGACCCCCCCAACCCCCAGUUCACAUCGCUGAAACACCUGACUGAAUUGUGGGCUGUGUGUCAAAGGGCAAGGUUCUCAGUUCUUGCAUUGUGUUUGUUACAUAUUCUAUCUUUAUCAAGGGAACUUUUGAUUAAUAAAUGCAUUUUUAGAUAAA